AUGGCCGAGACUAUUGAGACUAGGCAGCUUUCUGUUGCGGACCUUGACGGAGAGCACUACCAACUCCUCGUUCGUGCCAUCGAGAGGAUCCUUACCACCGAGCUUGCUGAAUUCACCUACGCACAAAUCAUCGACGGCCUGCCUACCGGCGAUGUCGCCUGCGAUAGCACUGUCGCGCCAUAUGACGGCCACCCUAUUGACCACGCCCACGAGCAGCUAUGCCCGGGUAUGUUGGACAAGGCGCGCGAGUUUCGUGAUGGAUUUCGGCCCGAGGUCCUGACCUUCGACGCGCAAACACUCCACGGAUAUCGCGCCUGCGCUCCGGGGUCGAGAGGGUUCAAGACGCGUUUGAUUGAAUUGGUUGCUGUUGCCGUCCACCAGAUUGCCGCCCUCCUCUAUGAACUUGAUACCAGUGUCCACAAGGACGACGGCAUCACUGACUGGACCCCGCCCAAAUCAGAUACCUUCUACCGGAAGUGGUAUCCUGACGGGCCGCGGCCCACCCUAUUUCACCACGCGUGGUAUCUCGACUACGCCCAGUACCCGAGACAAGUCGCCGACAUGGUGGGCUACUGGGCCGAAGCACGCAUUCUUGGCGGGGUCGUCCUCUUCGACCGGCGCGACCCAAAGGUUUCCCGGGACGCCGACCCGGACGCCGUCUAUUUCCAUUCAGAUAGAUACGAGGUCACCUAUCGAAUAUACCAGCUCCUUCCGGAGCAGCGGAACGCUCUACUCGACUUUCUCCUGGGUGACGAGCCCCCGUCGGGAAGCCCACUUCCCAUCCUAGGCGACCAGAACAACCGCGUUCGCGUGGACCCGGAGGAGCCGAUAAAAACGACGGGUAUUUAUCGUGACUUGUGGGAACGUAAAGACAUCUCACCGGACGCAGGUGAUCGGAGGGAGAGGGAUGUGUGGGACGAGAGGGAGUAUCCCACCAUCGAAGACUUUAGGGCCGCGCGGGGUCGGGCGCGGGAGCGGGUACGGCGGAUUAUACGUGAGGACUAG